UUUCAAGGUAAACUUUGCCUCCUUAAAUAUAACAUGCGUUACAUCCAACUUAGGUUCUAUACAUAUGCAAUUAUCUGAGAUCGUAGCAAUUGAUUACUCCAUAUUAAACUGUCUGGUGUCAAUAGGUACUCAGUCCAGGGAGAAAUUUCAAAUGAAUGAUGCAGUUAAAAGUAGCCAAUUUUAUUACCUAUGAAACUACAGGUAAUGCACUCUCGUAAGACUCAGAUGAAGUUCAGAAACAGCAAAUCCAAAAUACCCAGUCCCCCAUGCUUUCAAAUGAAUCUUUCACUACAUGAAAAUUUGUAGCAGUAAUGAACAAAACUACACUAAACCGAUCUUUACUUGUUUUCUGCCAUUGUUCACCCAUUAAUCGUUGCCCAUACUCCAGUUCUGUUUGCGUAUCCUCAACGGGAUGUUUUCAUUCUUUGCAUUUGGAUUUAUCACUAACAUAUGUGGAUGAUGAGUCGUAUGGGUGCUUUUCGAAUACUACAAAUCAAGUUGAUUUACUCUGCCGAAAUUCAAAAGUUGGUAGGCAACUGUUAUAUUGUUGUUCUCCGAGUGAUGGAGACUUAUGCAACCGGAACUCGAGUUUGCUUGGAUUAAUCAGUCCUGUGCAAAUGAAUGCUUAUGGUUCUACAUGGAAACCUAUUUUGAAAGCAGUGUUGUUCCCUACCUUUGCACUACUUUGUGGACUUUUAGCGAUCAUGCUGUUUUGGAAGUGUUUUUUGAAAAAACGAAUCGAAAAUUACGAUCGCUAUGUUAAUGAACUCAGUUGUAAACGUCCGAGCUUCACUACAGAUAUCUACAACUAUCUAAUAAAACUCAAUGAAGAACGGUUUUCCGACCAUAAAUUAUCGUCUUAUAUCUCGCCCAGAAUAGAUAACCUUCCUUCUAAAAAUGUGCAUAAUCCUGAUCCUUCAUGUGAGCUUAUUAGUUGCACCAGUGGGAGCGGAAGCGGUCUUCCAUUCCUUGUUCAGAGGACUGUAGCCCGUCAUAUUAGAUUAACAAUGUGCAUAGGAAAAGGACGAUUUGGUGAAGUUUGGACAGCUACAUGUCAAGGUGAAACGGUUGCUGUUAAAAUUUUUUCCAGUCGUGAUGAAGCCAGCUGGGCUCGUGAAACAGAAGUUUACAAUACUGGCUUAUUGUGUCAUCCUAAUCUUCUCGCCUAUUAUGCUAGUGAUAUGAUAUCAAGAGGUGGGUGCACUCAGCUCUGGUUAAUUACAGCAUAUCACGCUAAUGGAUCAUUACACGAUUUCAUCAGUCAUAGAUCACUGAAACUACAGGAUGGUUUGCGUCUGGCCAGCUCCAUCGCAGCAGGUUUGGCGUUCUUGCAUACAGAAAUAAAGGGAUUACAUGCUAAGCCUUCUAUUGCGCACCGUGAUCUCAAAUCAAAGAACGUCCUUGUUAUGGAUGAUAUGACUGCAUGUAUAGCUGACUUGGGUCUUGCCCUUGUAAAUUUACAGAGUUUACCAAUUGGACAAACACUUCUCAACUUAUCUUCCUCAAUGGUAUCUAGUGGUGUUAUGUCUAGUGGUGUGACUCAGUCAGAUAGAUUGUGCAGUGGGUUUUCAGGUCCUUCUUCUUUAGGUCCUCCUCCUGCCGGACCCAGAGUUGGUACCAAACGGUACAUGGCACCGGAGUUACUCAUGGCUGUCGAUAUAACGCACGCAUCAACCAACUGUUCCAACAAUAUGUCGUGCAUAACUAAUGAAAGUGUUGAUAAUCCUAAUUGGUGUCACUAUUUACCUUUUGAAGUCUAUCAAGCUGCAGACAUUUAUGCAAUGUCUUUGGUGUUUUGGGAAUUAGCACGCUGUACUCACGGAACAACAUCUGAAUUUGUUGAAGGAUAUCAGAUACCGUUUUACGAUAUGGUUCCCUCUGAUCCAACCUUCUCACAGAUGAGAGAUGUUGUUUGUGGUAAUAGUUUAACCAUAAGCGAUGAUCGACCGAGCCAGUCCAACAAAAAUAUCACAAAUUCAAAAUCCUCCAAGACAAGUCCAGAUUACGACGAUCUUCAGUGUAGACCUCGUAUUUAUCAGCGUUGGUUAGAUGAUACCUACUUGUCCCGCUAUGCACAAGUGAUACAGGAAUGUUGGCAUGAUGAUUGGUCUGUGCGUCUUCCUGCUCUUCGCGUCCGGAAACGUUUGGAACAAAUCGAAAAUGCGGUUAGGCAGUCAUCGAUCAGAAAAAGAGGAGAGAACAUUCCUUCUAAUGUAAAUGAGUUGUCAGUACUCUUGACUGGCGACAUGGAAGCUUUGGCUUGACAGUAAUAUUCUAAUUUUUUAGAAUUUGUCCUUGAAAUGUGCAUUUAAUUCCCAUGUUGUAACUUCCUAAAUAUUGCCAUUUUAUAGCUAAUUUAAUAAUGUAAAUGCUUUUUUAUUUUGUCGUUGAUCAAGAAAGAUACUAAGGUCUACGUCCUGCUAAAAAUUACGCUCAAGAGAAUUUUGACGGUGCCAAACUUGGCA